AUGUCUUCCUUGAGCAGCAAAUUCUCCACGGCUGAGACGAGGGUCUUCUGGAACCUGGAUGUUUGCCCAAUCCCUGCCGGUCUCAGUCCUGCUUCGAUCUCCGCUAAUAUCAAAUUAGCUCUCGAGAAUAUGGGCUAUACUGGCAACAUGUCGAUCCUUGCAUAUUCGGUUGAGAAGCAGAGCCAAGAAGUUGAGUUUGAAUCUGCCCAGAUCAAGCUUAUACAACAACUAGGAACCCGUCAAGAAAAAGUAGAUAAGAUGUAUGACAACCUUUUAAUGUGGGGAAUAGCACAUCGCAGUGAAGCAACAAAUGUGAUGGUAAUCUCUGAUGGCCUCGCACCAAAAGCUGAUUUGGUUUGUGGGCUUGUCAUUUUAAAAGCCCAAGAACACAAUAUUCUCGUAGCUCAACCUCGACGUGAUACUUCCUCUUCAACAUGGCUUUGGGAAAGUGUGGCAUCAACAUGGCUUUGGGAAAGUCUGGCAACUGGAGGGAGCCCUAUCAAUGGCCAAAGCAUCAGACCAGAACCAGCUACUCCGUCUCCAACUUGUUCUGUUUGCAGCAAAAGGGCACUUCGUCUUGCCAAUAAGCGAAAGAAGCGUCGGACCAAACCUUGUCUCAAAAGGCCAGAGAGCAGCUCUUCGAAUCCUGUUCCUGAUCCUGAGGACCCGUGGUUGUUUCUUUGGCGAGGAUUUUAA